ACGUGUAAGAAAGUACACAAAUUAUCCUAAAUCCAGUAUAAAUCCUUCUAAUGAUUCUGAAAUCAAAGCUAAUCAACCUUUAGAAUCUUCUGAAUUUACUACUGAAGAAGAUGAAGUUACAAGUGAAUCUGAUGAUAAUGGUAAUUUUGAAAUAUUUGAGGAUUAUGCAUCACUGGAUUAUGAACCAUUUCGAGAUCCACCAAGUACAGAAUCAAUUGAUGAUGACCGAUUUUUGUGGAUAUUAAUUUGGAUUAUGUCAUUUUGGACAAGAUUCAACAUUACAGAGUUUGCAACUGAGGCUUUGAUAAAAUUUAUGAAAUUGGUUUUGACAGAAAUCGGAGUCGAUUUGCUGCCUAGAUCAGCUGAACAUUUUCUAGCAUACAUUCGCUGGUAUCAACCUGCAGAUUCUCUAAAUAUUCGAUACUAUUUUUGCGAUAAUGAAGAAACAUGUAAUGUCUAA